AUGUCCUACUCUCCCGAGGCCAUUCACCGACCGGCGCCAGCCCCCGAGCGGGCUUCCGAACAAAACGACGCGUCAAGCUCCUCCGGGUCAUCGAGUUCCAGCUCAAGCGGAUCGGGGAGCUCCGGAGAAGAGGAAGAAGAAGGAACCUCGUCAGGCAGACGGGGUUCACCGACCAAAGGUGUUAGGGAAACGCCAACCCGGGUGGUUGGGGACCACCCGGAAGCCGUUGCUCGGGGAAGCAACCGGGAAAACACCCCUGAGCAAGCCGAGGAAAACACGGCCGGGCCGGCCGCACCAGUAGAGUUCGAAUUCUUGAACAGCGAGAAUGUCGAACAGCAAAUGAGCCGGCUGACCAAAGGCGAAGCGGCUAGGAUUGCUGAAAUGCUCAGGGGUCGGGUGGAAUUUGACACAAGCCGAAAGCUAGGGAAUGUGAUCGAUCGGCACCGGGCCAUGGCAGAGUUCGGUGAUGAAGAUGCCCCCCUUCCCCCGCCCGCAAAGAUCUCCCUUGGCGGCAAGAAGAAAACGAAGGCGAAGCCAGCGGGGGAAAAGGAGAUCCCCAUGGCCCAACCGCUAAGCGCCUCGACCGUGACGACGGCCGAGGGCUUCGUCGUGGAGCCAUCUGAUGUCCUAGUUACCCGGGUGGAAGUCGCCCGAGGUAAGGAGAAGGUGCCCGCCCGGACCGUAACUGAGGUCGGCGGGAUGAAGCGCCGCCGAGAGCAGCGCAGCCCGAGUCCUUCGACCGGGCGCAACAAGGACAACCUGUCCGUGCUGGCCCGCAUCGGCAACGCCGGGCCAGCCAAAGAAGACCUGGGGAAGAUGACCCCGACCCAGGUAGCCGAGAGGAUCGGCUACGAUCUGGCCGAUGGUCGGGCCAUGCUGGCCGAGGAAGCCGACCACCAUAAGAAGACGGCCGCCCGUCGCCUUCUGGAGGUUAAAGAGCUCCAAGCCGAGCUCGAGAAGGCUCAAAAGGCCUUAAAAAAGAGCGACGAGGAGCGAGUCCUGACGGAGAAGGUUGCCCAUCGGGCAAUCGAGGAGGCCAAACAGCUGAAGGCUCAGCUCGGUAACCCGAGCGAGUUGGCGCAAGCGGUCUUCAAAGACAGCGACUUGGGCUCAGCCUUCCUCACAGCAGCCCGAGGGACAAAGGUCGGGGAGGAUCUGAUCCUCACGUUCGGGCGGUGGGCCUUCAAGGCCGGGCAACGGAAGAUGCUCGAGCGGGCUCGUACCCGGAUGGAGCAAGCUCUCGAGGGGGAGGACCUUCAGCUGGUUCUCUCGACGCUGCCCCCGGACUUGGCUGAUCCCGGUCCUUCUCCCUUCAGCCCCAAAGAGAAAACAGCUGAGCAAGGCGAGUCUUCUGCGGCCGCCGCGAGCGAGAAGGAAGCUGUUGGAGCUCGGGAAGCUGCUGGAGCUCGGGAAGCGAAGAAGUAG